UACGGGGCCCAGUCCCCACUCUGGAUCUCUCCCAGACCAGCGUCCUACGGCACCAAACGUCUCUCUUCGCCGAUGUACUUCGAGCGCAAGGACAAUCCCACUGUCCGUCGCUGAGAAAUUCCUGAUAGUUCCCUAUGGUCGCAACGAUUUCGGAUCCGAAUCAGACUAGCCCGAGCUGCCCAGGACCACAACUGAGCCGGAGAUUCCGGGGUCGCUGACCUGCAUCUCAAGGAUCAAAGGUACACAAUGUCACCCUAUGAAGAGAAUUUUGAAGACCUUUACGACGAUACGUUGAACUACAGCGACGGAAUGAAUUCCUCCGCCGAUUACUCCCCCGAGGAGCCCGAGAUUGAACAGAUUAUGUCCGUCACCUUGUCCCUGAUUAUCUACGCCCUCGCCUUUCUACUGGGCGUCCCCGGCAACGUCGCGGUCAUCUGGGUGACGGGCUUCAAGAUGAAAAGAAGUGUCAACACGGUGUGUUUCCUGAACCUGGCUGUGGCGGACCUGACCUACUGCCUCAUCCUCCCCUUUCAGAUGGCCAACGUCGCCCUGCGACAUGUAUGGCCCACAGACGACGUCCUCUGCAAGCUCAUUCCCACCACCACUGUCCUCAACAUGUCCGCCAGCGUCUUCCUGUUGACCCUGAUCAGCAUCGACCGAUGCCUGGCCGUCACCCGGCCCAUCUGGUCCCAGACUCACCGGAGCUUGCCUUGGGUGCGUGCGGCCUGCUUCGGAGUCUGGGGUCUUGCCUUCCUCAUGUGCCUGCCCACCCUGCUCAUCCGGAAGGUGGUCACGCAUCCCGACCUGGGCUUGUCGUUCUGCUACGUUAACUACAGCGGGACGUACUUCGGGGAAAGGACCAAGGCAGUGGUGGAGAUAACUCGGUCCCUCUUGGCUUUCGCCCUCCCCUUCCUGAUCAUGGCCUUCUGCUACUUGCUGAUUGGUUGCAAGCUGCAGAGGAGCAAGUUCGCCAAGUCCAAGAAGACCAUCCGCCUCAUCGCGGUGGUGGUCGGCGCCUUUUUCGUCUGCUGGCUCCCGUACCACGCCUGCGGCCUCGCCCAGGCCUUCACCUCCAGUCCCGCGGCCUUGGUCUGGGACAGCGUGGCCGUGGGCCUGGGGUCCCUCAACAGCGCCCUCAAUCCCCUUCUAUACAUGUUCGCCGGUCGCAACUUCCGCCAGGUCUUCAGGCGCUCCCUGACCGCCUCGCUCCUAUUGGCCUUCACUGAGGAGCCGACGGACUCGGUCUGCACCACACGUGUCAAGACCGCCUGCAGCGUGGAAGACAGCGUCUGAGUGUGCCCCGCCCAUUCUUUGACGGGAUACUCCCUCCCCUACCCACCUCGUCCCGCCACUGUUGACCCGAUCCCGCGGGCCUACCGAUCCAGGCUUCCAGCCAAAUCCCAGGCCGUAAACCACAUCCGCUCUGCCGAUGACCGGUUUAAAUUCCAGAGCAACCAACCCAAUAUUUCUCGGUAAACGAUAGGAAGGUGUAAUCCGCCAAAUCCUGCCCCACACAUCGUCUAUUAGGGGCCUGUAAGUGAAUCCAUGCGAAGCUGGUUGACUGAAUUCUUGGCUCGGCUGACUCGUUGUUAUGCGACCGGAUAAAAAAGCACGAACGCUCUAUUAUUUUUGCCCCUUGCACCUCUAUCAUUCUCCAACCCCCCAGCCUCUUCCGAUCCAGGUAGAACAGACACAGCCUCUCCGGUCUCUCCUCGUAACUGAAACAUUCGAUCCCGGGCAACGUCCUGGGGGAAUCUCCUCUGCACCCUCUCCAGUGCAGUCACCUCCUUCCUGCAGUUCAGUGACCAUAACUGUACACAGUACUCCAGCUGUGUCCUGACCAAUAUUUUAUAAAGUUGUUCCAGCACGUCCCUGCUCUCCAUACGUGAGGAGCAACGAAGAAUCAAGAGCUAGCGGAUGCUGGAAUCUGGAGCAACGAACAAUCAGUUGGAGAAAAAGGAUCAGCGAUGUUACAACUGCAACCAAGAGGAGAAGGAAACCUAA